AUGUACCUUAAAACGCUGCUUCAGGAUAUCUGGCGCACUCAGGUUGGCUGGGACGAUCCGAUCGAAGAUGCGCAGUACGAGAAAUGGCUAUCGUGGCUGGCAGUAUUCCCACAAAUAGCAACCAUCGAAGUCCCACGCUGCUACCGAGUACUAAUUCCCGCGGGAGCAGAUAGCGUAGUAGAAAUGCAUACGUUCGUCGAUGCAAGCGAGAGCGGCUUUGCUGCGGCGGUGUAUCUUCGAUAUGUGAGCGGCGAGACCGUCGAGUGCGCGCUUGUCGCCGCAAAAACAAGAGUUGCACCACUCAAGUUCUUGUCGAUCCCUCGCUCCGAACUGCAAGCAGCAGUCUUCGGUGUGCGACUUGCCGAUACGAUAUCGAGAUCUCUUUCGAUCACCGUCAGCCGGCGAACAUUUUGGACGGAUUCCAAGGACGUCCUCUGUUGGCUUCGGUCGGACCAUAGACGAUACAGCCAGUAUGUAGCAUUUCGCGUCAGUGAAACCCUCGAGACAACGGAUAUCUCAGAGUGGCGAUGGGUACCGACCAAACACAACGUUGCUGACGAUGGAACGAAGUGGAAAGGAGUACCAAACCUGGCAAACGAUAGUCGUUGGUUUCGGGGACCAGCAUUUCUUCGCCUUCAGAAAGAAGAUUGGCCAGCAAACCCGUUUUCUGCGAAGACCACUGAAGAGGAACUGCGACCGCAUCUACUUGUGCACACCCAGCCUGGUGAACAAGCGAUACGUCCAGAGGACUCCUCGAAGUGGAACAAACUGCUACGCGUGACGGCCUAUGAUUUACGGUUUAUCAGCAAUUCGAAACGCAGUUGUUAUGGGAAAGCCUGUGUGGUUGGGAAUCUGCAGAAACAGGACUACAUCGAUGCAGAAAACUAUCUGUUCCGAAGUGCUCAGUCCGCUGCCUUCGCUGAGGAGAAAUUGAUACUCGCCAAGAAUCGCUCGAUGAAAAACCCCGUGAAAACGAUCCCCCGAUCUAGCCUGCUAUACCAAUGGAAUGCAUUCCUAGACGAAAACGACGUGCUACGUGUCAAGGGUCGAACGAAGUCAUGUGAAUUCAUCGAUCGGGAUGCAGCUGAACCAAUAAUUCUUCCGAAAGAUCAUCCCGUAACUCACCUCAUCAUAUCUUCCGUGCACGAACGGUUUCAUCACCAAAACCACGAAACGGCCAUUAACGAAAUACGCCAACGCUACCGUACUCCUCAAUUGAAAGCGGCAUAUUCAAAAAUCCGGAAAGAUUGUCAGCGGUGUAAAAAUCUCCUCGCUAAACCUCAACCACCAUCAAUGGAUGACCUCCCCGCUGGUCGACUUGCCGCGUACACUCGUCCAUUCACUCACAUGGGAAUCGAUUACUUCGGUCCGAUCAUGGUGUCAAUUGGACGAAGAAAUGAAAAACGGUGGGGGGUACUCGCUACAUGCUUAAUCACUCGCGCCAUCCACCUGCAAAUCGCCUACACACUGACCACUGAUUCCCGAUCGUGGAACCAAUUUCCAAGCUGCAAGUAA